AUGGAGUCACUUGCAGACACAAAGUGGGAUGUCAUUAUUGCAGGCACUGGGCUGUACCAGUCUCUGCUGGCACUAGCACUCUCGCGAUCCGGAAAAAAGGUCCUUCACUUGGACCAAAAUCCACACUAUGGCGGAUCGGACGCGGCGUUUAGUCUGGACGAGGCACAGGAGUGGAUGAACAGUGUCAAUCAACGUCCAGGCCGGUCUCCGUUCGAGGAUGCCAAAAUUUUCACGUAUCAACAUCCCCCGGAUUCUCCACGCUCGCCGCCUUCCCAAAGUGACUCCGAGCAGAGUGAACGUCCAGCUGGCACACCUGAUUUACGUCCUAAGCUGGCCGCCAGUCGAGCCUACACUCUCUCCCUCUCCCCAUACUUCCUCUACACCCGGUCGGCACUAAUCUCUAUCCUAAUCUCUUCCAAGGUUUACCGUCAGCUCGAGUUUGUCGCGCUGGGAAGCUGGUGGAUUCAUACUCCUGACAGUCCCACCAACGACACCGCCGAGCUGGGCGCUACAAGAAUCUUCCACCGUGUCCCGGGUAACCGGGAAGAUGUCUUCGCUGAUGCCCACAUCAGUAUGAAGUCUAAGAGGACACUGAUGCGGUUUUUGCGACACAUCAGCAAGUCACAGGAUGAAGAUAGUGGGGAAACCGACGGAGACUUGUCGGUGCCUUUUGGCGAAUACUUGUCUACCAAUUUCAGCGUUCCCGAUGAUCUGCUUCAUGCUCUCCGCUCGCUCUCGUUGUCCCAGCAGUCUCCGCAGGAUACCCCUGCAAGCUAUGCUGUUCCUCGUGUGAAGAGACAUUUAGCAUCGAUUGGUUCAAUGGGCGUCGGAUUUGGCGGCGUGGUAUCGAAAUAUGGCGGUGCAUCUGAGAUUCUUCAGGUCGCCUGUCGCGCUUCUGCGGUAGGCGGAGGCACCAUUGCCUUGGAUACCGGCAUCUCGUCCCUUAAGGACGGCGGAGUGACAUCCGAAGAAGAACACCCGGUUGAGGUACAAAUUUCCAGUGGGGAAACGGUCCGAAGCAAGUGCGUGGUUGGAUCUGUCUGGGAUCUUCCGAACCAAGAGCUACCAUCGCUCUCCACUAAGGUGGCACGGUCGAUUACUGUUGCCUCAUCAAGCUUCGCCUCUUUGUUUCCUAUCACUACUGAAGGAGCUCCCCUCCCCGCCAGCACUAUUCUCAUGUUCCCUGGCGAUACAUUGAGCCACCCACAGUCGCCUCCAGUGUACCUCCAGGUUCACUCGAGUGACACCGGCGACUGUCCUCGUCAGCAGAGUGUUAUCUACGGCAGCGUCGCCAUCCCUGGCUCCGAAGGCCACACUCUAAUUGAGUGUGCGGUAGACCGACUCCUACGCGCUGAGGGUCCUCAGGCCGUCGUCUUGUGGUCCAUGCGGUACACCCAAUCGGGCCGACUCAGUACUGAUGGAUCAUCGCCCAAUAUCCAUAAUCCCUCGCCCCAUGUCUUCAGCUUCCCGCCGUCUAGCUUGGAUCUGACGUGGGAGGAUGAGAUUGUCGACAUGGUCAAGCAGGUUUGGGUUAAGAUUGUAGGAGACGAGGUGGACCAUGACGACUUCAUGAUUUUUGAAGAUCGUGAAGGCACCACUGAUGAUUGA